CUACUAUAAAUGCAUACUCAUAAACAACAACAUCAUGUAUUAUCGCCAUACACCAUCAUUGUACAAAGAACCACACAGAGAGUACUACUUGCGUCUGAAGAAGCAUGUCAACUCUUGGGCUAUACCUCGCCGCAUCAACUCCUGGGUCUACCAACAAAAGAACUACAGCAUCACGAUGUGCUGUUCCGAGUCCAUUACGAUGUGGGUGAACCGUAUGAUUAUUGGUGUCUCGAGCUACGACGACACCGAAAACGACAAAAACAACAACAACAAGAAAUAGAAGGGACCCAUAUAGUAAGGCUAAGUCCUUAUGGCAUCAUACAGCACGCCUAUUCCUGUUCGUCUUCAUCUUUUGAGAAGCAUCAAUACAACGGCGAGCCCAUUAUGCGACGAGUGCAUCCAGAUGACGUGCAGGCGCUUUGUCGAUGUUUAAAUGAAGCUUACCAGAACCGAUAUUCCCAGCACACAAUAUCGCUCCGAUGGCGAUAUCAACACGAAUACCGACCAUCCUUGUUUACUGUUGCCCUGGCGAGAGCAUACGACGACAACAACAAGAAGACUCACUUUAACGACGACAGCGGCAACAGUAGUGACCGAUCCAUAGGCAUCAUUAGGCCCCAUGACUUUUGUUGCUACUAUUAUGGCCGUACAAUUUUCCGCUAUGUCAUGGCAUACAUGAUCCAUCUUUUGCUUUAUACCCUGUUUUUCUUUAUGAAACCAUCAUCUACUACUACUAGUACAAACACAUCAUCAUCAUCAUCAUUAUCAUUGCUCAGCAAAAACAAGAGAAACCAUCAACAAGAACACCAUAGACGUACGAUCAAGGUGAAUAAUCAAGUUGUCGUUCAUGUCAAGCAUCAAAUGGAAGAUCAGCUCCGGGCCCGAUGCCUGACAGCGGUAGCCGAUUUGCGCUCAUUCACUGAUUCAAACACGGUGGUACAAAAAGUCUUAGAAUGGCUCGAGGGGACAGGGGUCGUCAAGAACAAGCAUGGUCUUGUGGACUCGGUCCAAGUGACAAUGGAAAAUGCUUUGGAUCGAGUACUCACUUGA